AUGUCUGAAUCAGACAGAACUCUGAGCGACUGCACUGGGGCCAGAAUCUCCGGCUGCUGGGCUCUCAGAUCUGACUCCAGUGGGAGUGGGGAGGACUCGUUGGACCGGCUCCUGCCUCCAGCCGGGGCCCCUCGCAGAAAGAGCACAACUUCUAUGAGUAAAACAGAGCCUCCACUGCUGCGCACUGGCACUCGCACCAUCUACACUGCCGGCCGCCCCCCCUGGUACAACGAGCACGGCACACAGCCCAAGGAGGCCUUUGUCAUCGGGCUGUGCGGGGGCAGCGCCUCAGGGAAAACCACUGUGGCCAAUAAGAUCAUCGAGGCUCUAGACGUGCCUUGGGUAGUGCUGCUGUCCAUGGACUCCUUCUACAAGGUUUUAUCGCCAGAGGAGCAGGUCCUAGCAGCGAGCAACGACUACAACUUUGACCAUCCAGCGGCCUUUGACUUUGAGCUGUUGGUGGCCACGCUGCGGAAACUCAAACAGGGUAAAAACGUGAAGAUUCCUGUGUAUGACUUCACGACACACGGCAGACAUAAAGACUGGAAAAACGUCUACGGCGCCAGCGUGAUCAUAUUUGAGGGUAUUAUGUCGUUUGCAGACAAGCAGCUGCUUCAGCUUUUGGAUAUGAAAAUCUUUGUUGACACCGACUCGGACAUCCGAUUGGUCCGCCGGUUACGGAGAGACAUAACAGAGAGGGGGCGGGACAUCGAGGGCGUGAUCAAGCAGUACAACAAGUUUGUCAAGCCUGCAUUCGACCAGUACAUUGAACCGGCGAUGAGGCUGGCUGAUAUAGUAGUGCCCAGAGGUGGUGGGAACAUGGUGGCCAUUGAUCUCAUUGUGCAGCACGUACACAGCCAGCUGGAGAAGCGUGAGCUCAACGUCAGGGCGCUCCUGGCCUCAGUGCAGCAGACACAUCCUCUACCUCAGACUCUCUGUGUGCUGGAGAGUACCCCGCAGGUCAAAGGCUUACACACCAUUAUCAGAAACAAAGAAACAAGUCGAGAUGAGUUCAUCUUCUACUCCAAGAGGCUCAUGCGGCUGCUCAUUGAACGGGCUUUAACUUAUCUUCCCUCUCAGACUCCGCAGGGACAGCAAUAUGAAGGUCGUCGCUUCAACGGGAAGGGGAUCACCGGAGUGUCCAUUCUUCGAGCGGGUGAGACCAUGGAGCCGGCGCUCAGGGCCGUGUGCAAGGACGUCCGCAUAGGCAAAAUCCUCAUCCAAACCAACAUGGACUCAGGAGAACCAGAGCUGCAUUACCUGCGUCUGCCCAAAGACAUCAGCGAGGACCACGUCAUCCUCAUGGACAGCACCGUGUCCACGGGAGCGGCGGCCAUGAUGGCGGUCAGAGUCCUGCUGGACCACGAGGUGCAGGAGGACCGUAUUGUGUUAGUGUCCCUCCUCAUGGCAGAGCUGGGGGUCCAUUCUGUGGCCUACGCUUUCCCUAAAGUGAAAAUCAUCACCUCCGCUGUGGACAAGAGCCUGGACGACUCCUUACACGUCAUCCCAGGCAUAGGGGACUUUGGAGACCGCUACUUUGGGACAGACGCAUCGGACGACUGGAGCGAGGAGGAAGAUCAGGAGCCAAGCUGUUAG